UUUGGAGCUGGUUAAAGGCCUUUGAAUCAUGCCAACCUCUGUGAUAUCAUUUUAUCAACCCAAAUUUGGGCAGAUUCAUUGCCCAUUCUUUUCCAACAUGUCCAUCCCAAGACACCGAACCCCGCAUAAAGGCAAAGCUGCCGCUGCCAGAUGUUGUCAACGAAGGAUGGACGCUAAACUGGGAGAACAUGAUAGGAAUUACUACACGUUGCUUGGAGUUUCAAUUGAUUCAACUUCUCAACAAAUCAAAGAAGCUUACAGGAAACUCCAAAAGAAAUAUCAUCCUGAUAUUGCAGGUCAAAAGGGUCAUGAUCGUGCCCUGUUGAUGAAUGAGGCCUAUAAGGUUCUCAUGAGUGGGGAUAUGAGGAGACAGUAUAAUGCUUCUAUUGGGUGGUUUCAGAAUUCAUUCGGAAAUGACGCAUCUGGUGUCGAUUAUAGUGUGUGGAAUGGUCCCUUGAGACCCCAAGCACUGUUUGUUGACCAGAAUGCCUAUAUAGGUAUAAUCAUCAUUUUUUUUCAGUACUUGAUCAUGGAUGGACUGCCCUUCAGAGAUCAGACUGAGAAGAAUCACGAAAACCAUCUGUAG